UAUCUACUCGUGCAUAUAGGCUGAUGUUUUCUCAGCGGAAUCGGACGAUGGGCUGUACGUCCCCGGUUAAAGGGAGUUCAUAACUGGUUUGGGACUUGUUUCUGUCCCAACUUGUUUCUGGUUCUGGUCCUGUUUUCCCCUCCAGCCGCUGCUAACUCCGGCCAGACAUGGAGAAAGUUGUCGUUGUAACCGGCGCGAACAGCGGCAUUGGCCUGGCCCUGUGUGAAAGGCUGCUGACUGAGGGCAGCCAGCUUCGGCUGUGUCUGGCCUGCAGAAACAUGCAGCGGGCCGAGGCUGCCCGCUCAGCUCUGCUGACCUCUCACACCGACGCCCAUGUAGACUUGCUGCACCUUGACGUGGGCUCUGUGCGGUCAGUGCUCGCUGCUGCUCAGGAGCUCAAGGCCAGGUACAGCAGAAUUGACUGUCUGUAUCUAAAUGCAGGAAUUAUGCCCAAUCCUCAAGUGGAUGUCAAAGCUUUUUUCAAGGGUCUGUUCUCCAGGAAUGUCAUCAACAUGUUUGCGACAGCAGAGGGUCUCUUAACGCAACAGGACCGCCUCAACUCAGAUGGUCUGCAGGAAGUUUUUGCCACCAACCUCUUCGGCCAUUUUCUCCUGAUCAGGGAGCUGGAGCCUCAGCUGUGUCCAGCAGGUCACACGUCCAAGAUAGUGUGGACCUCCUCCAGUAACGCCCGCCGCUCUGCCUUCAGCAUCGAGGACAUGCAGCACAGAAAUGGGACGGAGCCCUACAGCUCCUCCAAGUACGCAUCAGACAUGCUCAGCCUGGCGCUCAACAGACACAAGAACAGCCAGGGGAUGUUCUCCUCUGUAAUAUGUCCAGGACUGGUGAUGACUAAUCUGACCUAUGGUAUCCUCCCCUCCUUCUUCUGGACCCUCAUCAUGCCCAUUAUGUGGCUGAUUAGGAUCUUCACCAACACGUUCACACUUACACCAUACAACGGAGCAGAGGCACUGCACUGGGUGUUUCUUCAAAAGCCAGAGUCUCUGGACCCAAGAGCAAAAUAUCACAGUUUAACUUCAGGACUUGGAACAAACUACACUCAGCCUCGACAGAUGGACAUUGAUGAAGCAAUGUCUGAAGUCCUCCAUUCGAAACUUCUUGAACUUGAGAAAGUAGUCAGAAGAAAACUGAGUGAGAGAAAUGCUGACAAGGAAGCUUAUGGACAGUACCUCAGGGAGAUAGAGUAAACCAGGCUUCUUACCUUACAAACUUGCCAUUGACCGACCACCAACACUACCAUCAGCUGUCAUCCGUGGCUUCUUCUACCACAAAUCAUACAUUACGAUGCACAGUUAGCUGAAAUGAAUGGCUUGUUUCAAUAAAUUAAACAACUGCUGAGGUCUGUAAUAAGUGUAUGAAUAAAUCAGGUGUGAACUGAUUCACAAGGGUGAGACAGUAUAGUGUAAUACAACUCGUCCUUUCACAAUCUCUUACGCACAAGCUUUGUUUUACUGAUUUCCUCUCACUGAAAUUUAAAGUUGAAGUGCUUCAAGGCAACAUCAGCAAAGGGUUUUACUUACUAAGCUGCUUAUUGCAUGAGUUGUGUGUGGCUUUAGCUGUUCCUGACAGACAUACACUGCGGCCACACUGAUUUGGAAGUUAUUUGCCUCUAACGGCUACUUUUUCCUGCCCUUAUGUCUUGUAAAACAAUCAAUCCUGCAUUAACUUUCCAAAUGAUCAUUUCCAGGAAACGUUAAUAUAAAUUUAGUUUAAAAAAAAAUUCAACCUGCAAGUUGCUCUUUAAAAUGCUGCUUACAUGUUAACGCAUCAAUAAAAAUAAUCUUAACGAUACUGUGAAAGGAGUCACUUUGCAUAAUGAGUCUUUCCACUUUUAAUACUUCAAGUACGUUUUGCUGAUAAUACUUCUGUACUUUGACUUAGAUAACAAUUUUAUUGGUUCCUUCCCACUGAGCUAUUCCUUUUAACUUAAGUAAAAGAUCUGAGUACUUCCACCACUGCUGGACAGUUAUUUCAAGUGGUACCUCGAGUUAUAGCUCAUAUUCCUGUUGUGCCUUUUUUGUCAUUCUGAAAAAGUUCAUGUGAUGUGGACCUGUGCUGUGACUUGAUUUAAAAGAACAAUUCAUACAAUUAUUCACAGUGAAGUUGAUGUUUCACUGGUUGUUUCGUCUGUUUUUUUACUUAUGAAGAGGGUGUUUCAACUGGUGUAUAAAACUGGUGUUUCUGGUGUUUCUGUAGCUAAACACAAAGGACAGUGGUGUCUUUGUUACCCUCUAGUUUAGUAAUUACCUGCAACCAUUUCUGUUUUUCAUUUUGAAAUCAAUUCUCGAAUAAUAAGUCUGUCAGUGUCAGUAACAUAAGACAUAAGGGAUUUCAUCACUGAAUGAAACAUCACUUUUGGUCUGUAUCUUUGCCUACUUCCAAAUAAGAUCUAAGUGUCUGCUCUCAAGCUUGAACAGAGUCAAACAAACAGAUUAGUCCCACGUUAGAUUUCCAUCUUUUUCUGUUCAGAAGAUUUUGUAUCACUUGUAUCACAAAAGUGGUUCCCAGCAUUAAAUACCAAAAAUAAAACAAAUUCAUAUCAACUGACAUACAUCAACCCAUUUUCUAAUGAAUCACUGUGACAGCCCCCUCAAUCUAUGUUCUUUUGCUUACAAUGCAUAUUGACAGGAUUUGUUGGUGUCCCACCUUGAAGUAGCUACAGCUUUACCCUGGCUUAUAUAAAUCAAUCACACACACACACGUACACACGUUAAGACUUUACAUUCUUAUUUCCAUGGGAUUAAACACAAUCUUGAUAGUGCAGCACAGUGGUUGCAGUAGGGCUUUGGAUUAUUGUUUUAUUAUUAUUUUUACCUGCACUAGGUCAGUGUAGACUCAAGUGAUUCAUGAGUCACAAAAUGUGACCAACAUGUCCCUCAUGUAGUGUGUAGGUAUUUUGGCAUGCAGAGGGUGGAGUCAUCAGGGAUAUCUAAAGGGAACAAAGGAGCAUGUUGAGGGAGGACUAUUUCUGUUUCAGUGUGAAACAUCCCUGUAAGAAAUCUAGCUGUCAAAUGUAUUGCACCUUGGGAUAUAUUCAACAGAGAAAUAUAUGGACAUUUUGCAUUGCUGAUCAAGUGAGGAAUAAUAUGUGAACCUGUUUAAAGUACAUGCAGCAUAUUUAAAAGAACUCCCUGACAAAUAUAUUGCAGGGUGAAUUUAACUUGGUGUACCUUCAUACUGUAAUUCAGCAUUGGGUGUGACUUAUCUUUGCUUAUCUUUGUCGGCUUGGAUUAUAUUCAACGGCGACUUGUGUUUACACUUGUUUACUGUAUAUUGUGUGAAAAAUUCCUGUACAUCUCUGUCAAAUAUAUUGCAGAGUGAGGACUCACUUUAAAAUAUAUCUGACAGAAUCCACAAGGGAACUUUUAACAUUUAUUUUGAAUAGAAAUAAGCCAUCAUUUAAAUUGUUUGGUUUUUUUUGUGCUUAUGGCUCUCCUCUUUCACACCUCCAUCCAUCUUUUCAUCUGAACAUAAAAAAUCAUUCUAGGCUUUUAAUUGAUUUCUGAGUAAUAAAUAUAAACCUUUUAAACCCA